UUGUGAAGGAAUGAGGGACGUUUUGUAUAUUUCAGUGUCUUUCGUGUUGUGCAUCACUGUAUCGUAUAUAUGCUUUACUGCUACAUACAUUGUGAGGUGUAUGAACAUCCUUGUUGGAAAUGGGAAAGCUUCAAUAUGCUUCGCUCGUGGGGACAGCAGCGUUCUUGAUAGUGACAUUAGCGUGGAUGAGAAGAUAUCAGUCUACCAUGCUGUCACGCACGCCCAUUGGAUACGCGGAAUCCCAAGCACUUCGGCUAAAUAACACACUGAGUGUUUUUCCCUACCCGACUCUCACGAAAGAAUGUUUUUUAUAUAAUAAUUUAUCCGUAGAGAAUAUAUGCUGCCAGAUGCACGACUUCCACAAGUUACCCGAUAUUUUACAAUGCGCUGAAGAUACUUCUAAAUACUUACGUGCCAUGCAAAGUAAGAGCGUGACAAAGCGGAUCCACAAGAAAUCAUCAGGAGGCACAGCAAAAGCCGCCCCAUCGAGCAGCAACCCUGUCGAGCAGCAGCCUACCGUCAACUGGGCAUUCAUCGGGGACUCCCACACCCGCUACAUAUUCUGCGCCAUCUACAGCCGGAUGAGGAGCAAAGAUUUUCAGUGUCGUAUUCGAAACUAUAAAGGAAAGUGGAAAAGUCUGGAUCACCUGCUCAACGUGCUACCAACGUGUACGUACAAGGGCGGCAAAAUCGAAAUUCGUCACGUGAAGCUGCCUUUUGUUUUAACCUUCUACCGAGACGUUUACCUGACGGAGAUAACUAAGCUGGCUGCGAUGUGGGAUGCAAAUGAGCAUCUAAGGCCUACUUUCAUCGUAAUGAAUACAGGCAAUCACUGGAUGCGCCGUCUGGAGUCCAAAUAUGUUAAGAGCGGCGUGCAGGUGGCAGGGAAAGUUUUCGAAAAUCACUUGCGAAAGAUAACGCCGGUCCUCAGAAGACUUGCUAACAAAACCACCGUUGUCUUUAAGAUGCAAGAUGAUCUUCAGACUGUGCAUCACAACGUGUCCAAAGUAGUAUCUUUUAGCACCGCAAACAUCCAGCUUUAUAACAACAUCUUCAGGAGGGUCUUGGCAGAUACUGGUGUUUUACUAUGGGACAGCACUUUACCAGUGUCUUUGGCGUACAGCCUAGAGUGCAUGAAAAACCCAAGGCACAUACCUGAAACUCUGUGGUGGAUGUGUAACGACAGAACCCACGUGGGUUACAUCCUGCUACACCAAUACGCUGACAUGGUUCUCAAUGUUGCCUGUAACAAAUACAUGGUUUCGGAACAAAAUGUGUGCCAUCACAAGGAAUCCGUGAACUUGUUACAAUAACAAUUGUAAACAUUAAGUAUGUAUUUUAAUAUUAGUAUUUCUUUGCUUUGUUUAUAAAUAACUGAUCUUAAUCAUUCAUAAACUAAAGUUUUUUAUUUCCCUUAGAAUUGUUCACCUUAUGAAAAGACAUACAGAAACAAAUAAAAGGCUUAAAAAUUAAGUAGAACUUCAUUCAUAUCUACAAACAUGCACACACACACACACACACACACACACACACACACACACACACACACACACACACACACACACACACACACGCACGCACGCACGCACGCACGCACACACACACACUGUGAGAUUCAACAUCUGGACCUGACCUCCCCCCAGCUGGCCUGACCUGACCUCCAUCUGACCUCCCGAGAAGGGCUACCCCCCGGGGCAGGGCAAAAAGGGAAAAGUGACCACCAUUCCUAGGCCCUGGGGGCCCGCUGCAGGGAGCCACACCCUGGGCAGGCAAAGAGAGGCCACGCCCACGUGAAGGUCGGGCAUUGGCAGUUUCUUUAGCCACGCCUCUGUAGCUCCGCCCCUGGCUUCCAAUCACCGCUACUUAUUCUCCAAGGAGGACCCUGUCAAGAAGCCUCCAGGCUAGUACAGUGGUAACGUGUCGGCCUCUCAUCCGAGGGGUCGGUGGUUCGCGCCCCGCCCAGGCGCGAGAAGUUGCAAUUGUCGCUUGGAGGUUACUGCUGUGGUGGGUAAGGACUAAGCUCUGCCGAGUCAGCACCAGCUGACACACUAUUAGCCAGUCGACGUAAGUCGGCACAGGCCGGGCUCCCCCAUAGCCCGGGCGAGGCUCAGCUUCGCAUAUCGGACUUAUCCUUAUCCUUGUCAAGCAGAGUGUGACUGGCGAGGUCAAGAGGUCACAACAGCCCGCUGGGCCUGUCAACGUGGAGGUGGGCUGGCCGGUGACCCCAAGUGACCAGCCAUAACCCAAGUGUCAUAUCUUGUGUUUAUUCUCUGUGUGCUAGCUCUAUCAAUAAAAGAGUUUUAAGCCACUAAGCUUUUACUGCUUCCCUGUCACCAAUGUUUAAGAGGUCCUUCAAUAACUCUUACACACACACACACACACACACACACACACACACACACACACACACUGUGAGAUUCAACAUCUGGACUGACCUCCUCCCAGGUGGCCUACGCCCUGGGCGCCGCUGACCUGACCUGACCUGACCUCCCCAAGAAAUAGGACUCCAGAAGGGCUAACUUUUGACCAUUCCCAGGCCCUAGGGGCCAGCUGCAGGGAGCCACACCCUGGGCAGGAAAUAGGGAGGCCACGCCCACGCGAAGGUCGGGCAUUGGCA